AUGAAUCCAGUAACAGAUCCCAGGGUCGCAAAUGUCGACAUCGGUGCCAUGAUUCGGUGCUCGGACUGCAACAUCAACCGAAUGGUGGGACGCUUCUCGAACAAUCAGCUCAACAAAUACAGAAUUGCGAUCCUAGGUGCCGGACGGAGCGGUAAAGAGGCACCACGUCCUAGAUGUAACACUUGCACAGCUGGGAACGUUGAGGAAUUGAGAUGUACAUGGUGUGGUCUAAGCAAACCAGUUGCCGAGUACAGCGCACGUCACAGGAACAAUCCUGACGAAGCGAAAUGCACGGCCUGCCAGCAGGAGAUUGAUGAUCGGGAACCGGAUCUGCAAGCUGCUACUCAAGAAGAAGAGAUAUUGGAUGACUAUAAUGUUCGCAACGGCGCAUCAUAUUCCAACAUGUCGAGCGUAGGCUCCGCCCUCCCAAGCAUCAGUGGUAGAGGUUCCGAGGCUGGGUCGGUGCCGGGUCUCUAUGACGCCCGAGAGACGGGGUUUGGAGAAGCAGCAGAAGGCGUUCGGUCGACUUCGCCUACAUCAAGUCAGUUGUCCACGAGCACCUUUACCCAGACACCAUCAUCCGUCUCAUAUCCUAAGCUAAGCCCUGGGUCUGUGCAAUCUCAUGGUGGAAGUAGUAGCAGAUUUGCCAAACAGGGAGCUUAUCGACCUCCAAUCGAACAACGGGCGUGGAACCGGGCGGCACGGGACCGACGCCAACAGCAGCAAAGCCAGAUAUCCAGCCAAGCUCCCACAUCUGUCACUCAUCACGAUGGUGGAAAUCAGAGCGCAGAAGACUCAGACUGGGAGCUUUGA